UUGCAGAAUGAAGAAGAGCCUGGAGAACCCGAGCAGGCUGCAGGCGAUGCUCCUCCCCCGUACAGCAGCAUCUCUGCAGACAGUGCAGCGUAUUUUGACUACAAAGAUGAGUCUGGGUUUCCAAAGCCCCCUUCUUACAAUGUGGCCACCACACUACCCAGUUAUGACGAGGCUGAGAGAACCAAGGCCGAAGCUACCAUCCCGUUGGUUCCUGGAAGAGAUGAGGAUUUUGUGGGUCGGGAUGAUUUUGAUGAUGCUGACCAGCUGAGGAUAGGAAAUGAUGGAAUCUUCAUGUUAACUUUUUUCAUGGCAUUCCUUUUUAACUGGAUUGGGUUUUUCCUGUCCUUCUGCCUGACCACCUCAGCUGCAGGAAGGUAUGGGGCCAUUUCAGGAUUUGGUCUCUCUCUUAUUAAGUGGAUCCUGAUUGUCAGGUUUUCCACCUAUUUCCCUGGAUACUUUGAUGGUCAAUACUGGCUCUGGUGGGUGUUCUUGGUUUUAGGUUUUCUCCUGUUUCUCAGAGGAUUUAUCAAUUAUGCAAAAGUUCGGAAGAUGCCAGAAACUUUCUCAAAUCUCCCCAGGACCAGAGUUCUCUUUAUUUAUUAAAGGUGUUUUCUGGCAAAGGCCUUCCUGCGCUUAUGAAUUCUCUCUCAAGAAGCUAGAGAACACCUGCAGGAAGUGAAUCAAGAUGCGGAACACAGAGGACUAAUCACCUGCUUUAAAAAAAUAAAGUACUGUUGAAAAAGAUCGUUUCUCUCUAUUUGUUUCUAGGUGUAAAAUUUUAAUAGUUACUGCAGAAUUCUGUAAUCAUUGAAUCAUUAGUGGUUAAUGUUUGAAAAAGCUCUCGCAAUCAAGUCUGUGAUGUAUUAAUAAUGCCUUAUAUAUUGUUUGUAGUCAUUUUAAAUAGCAUGAGCCGUGUCCCUGUAGUCAGUAGGGGGCAAUCUUGCUUUAUUCACCCUCCAUCUCAAAAUGAAUUUGGAAUUAAAUAUUUUAGUGUAAGAUAUGUAUAAUGCUGGUCAUUUUAAAGGGGUUUUCUCAAAAGAUAAAGUUUCUGUUAUGACUGCAUUUUUUGCACACAAUCCAUAUUUGCUGUUAAAAUUAAUCUAGAAAUGUACUGUGUGAACAACUGGAAACAAACUCAUAGUGCAAAAUACACUUAAGGUGUGGUCCAAAAGUCUGUUCUUAACUGGUAAAUAGUAAGCAUUCUUUUUUUUUUUCUAUAGUCUUCGUUUGAAAUUUCACAGUACCUUAUUGUUCUAUGGUCUGUACCUAAGGAAUUCUAAAGAUGUUGUCGCUGUAUAAAAUUGAAACGACAAGAACAAAUGCAGCUAAUUACUAAAAUGUAAUUUUUGACACUUUCUGUACUAUUAGAGUCCCUACCCUUUUUUCUUUCGUCUUCUGAUGAUCAGGUCAAGAGAUGGAUGUAGGGAGAGGAUUAGGUAUUAGGAGCAAAGAAAGAAUUAGCUUGAAACUUUUGAGAUGAUCCCUAACAGGCUGUACUACUAGCUUUUACAAUGUGUUAGCAGAAACCGAUGUUACAAAUGUAGGAUGAUGUGCUUUCUGCCAAGUGGUAAUUCACCUUGGUUUGCAUUGUUAAAACUGUAAAUACAACAGAACAUUAAUAAAUGUCUCUUGUGUAGCACCUUU